GGUCUGUGAGGAAGCAAGAGAGUACGACCUACAGCAAAAGAAAAAUAAGAAGAGGGAAGCUUCCUUAAAGCUGAAGCUUUUCUGGUGGGGGAAGAGAUUUGUGAUGGGUCUUAGCAGACCUCAAAAGUCCGGCAACGGAGUUUCCACCAGAUGGGUCUCUCUCUUCUGCAUUGCCAGCUUCUUCUUGGGCGUUCUUGUCGUGAACAGACUUUGGUCAGUUCCUGAGCUAGCUGAGAAAGACGAGGAACCUAUGCUGGAACAUCGAUCCACUACACUUCACCAAAUGGUCAACUGUGACACAAAGGAGGCUUCACUCCAGGCCGGGGACAUCUUUUCUCAAGUUUCACAAACACAUGAUGUAAUCAUGACAUUAGACAAGACCAUCUCCUCUUUAGAAAUGCAGCUAGCCGCAGCGAGAGCUGCCAAGGUGCACAGUGAGGAAGGAUCGCAAGUUAAUACCGAGUCAGGGCCAGAACAGUUGAAAGACCGUCGCAAGUUCUUCUUUGUCAUGGGAAUAAUUACAGCAUUCAGUAGCAGAAAGCGAAGGGACUCAAUCCGAGACACCUGGAUGCCCAAAGGAGAAGAAUUAAAAAAAUUGGAACUCGAGAAGGGAAUUAUCAUGCGGUUUGUUAUAGGACACAGUGCCAGUCCAGGGGGUGUUCUUGAUCGCGCUAUAGACGCCGAAGAUGCACAUCAUAAAGAUUUCUUAAGAUUGAACCAUGUUGAAGGUUAUCAUGAGUUGUCCUCAAAGACACAAAUAUACUUUUCGACAGCUGUUGCUAAAUGGGAUGCUGACUUCUAUGUGAAAGUGGACGAUGACAUACACAUAAAUCUUGGUAUGGUUGGUUCUACAUUGGCCCGCCAUAGGUCAAAAACUCGUGUUUAUGUUGGUUGUAUGAAAUCCGGAUCCGUCCUUUCACAAAAAGGAGUGAAGUACCAUGAACCAGAACACUGGAAAUUUGGUGAGGAAGGGAACAAGUAUUUCAGGCAUGCGACCGGACAAAUAUACGCAAUCUCCAAAGAUUUGGCCACCUACAUAUCAGUUAACAGGCACAUACUUCAUUUAUAUGCGAACGAAGAUGUCUCUCUGGGCUCUUGGUUCAUUGGCCUUGAUGUCGAGCACGUGGACGAUCGAAGCCUCUGCUGUGGAACUCCUCUUGAUUGUGAUUGGAAGGCUCAGGCGGGGAACCCAUGCGCAGCUUCGUUCGACUGGAGUUGCAGCGGCAUCUGCAAAUCCGUGGAGAGAAUGCAAGAGGUGCAUCGACGAUGCGGUGAAGGUGACGGAGCUAUCUGGCACACUAGUUUCUAGUAGCCCCUUUACCUUCUCUCCAUUCGCUUUUUGUAAUAUAUUCGUGGUUUGGCCGAUGGAAAAUUAGCGGGCUUCAAAACGA